AUGUGCCGGGGUCCAAUGCCUGCAAACACAAUCAAAGCAAAAAAAAAAACGAAAGCAAAAAACAAGGCUAAAAAGGGCCGUAAGGAGAUGCCGUCACGCACCACCACCCGGGCAUCGAGAAGUGCCUCGCGAGAGCAGCGGCGGACGCCUUCACCUCCUGUGGCGAACAGGCAGGCUCGCGCUGCAAACGCAUGCCUCACUGAAGAGGCUCUCGCUGUGGAGGCAAUCCUCGCUGGUAGACCGGGCAAAACCGGCCGCAAUAGCUCUCCGUGGGGAAUGUGGGCUGCCGUUGUGGUGUUGGAGGUGGUGGCCUUUGUCUGGCUCAAAUGGGCAGUAGACGUCUACGGUGUCUACCGUGCGGCGAGGUUGUAG